ACAUAUUACAAGCAGGGCAGCAGAGAAAAGAGAAGUAUAUUCCUGCUUGUUAUUACAAGCACGUGGCUACGGCCAUUCUGUACGAGGAUACGUACGAGGAUAAUAAUCAUCAUCCUGUUGUUCGUUGACAAGAGUAUUGUUCGCGAACAAUGGUAGGAUGGGCGUAGAUAUAUAAUUGCUCAGCCACGCCGCCGAUGUCAUUCAUUUCUUUUUUUCCACCCACAAUUCUUAGAAUUAUCACGCUAUCUUUUCAGAGGUGGCGUGGCCUUAUAUUGACAUUUGAAAGCUUUACUUUAGCUAUACAGAAUGGGGUGCUUCGGUAUCUUCCAUCUUCUCCGGAAGAAGAAGAGCAAGUCGGCUCUACCAGCACCAAACAAUGAUCACAGGAUCUAUGCUACUCCCAAUGUACCUGUGCAAGCUUACCAAUCCCGAGGGCGGACCGAAUUAUAUGAAAGUUCCCAGUUCCAGAUGACAAGGAAUGGUCUUGAUGUACCGCAAAUUGCACAUUGUGCGUCUCGCAGGAUUCUUAUCAAAACCGAACCGGAAUUGAAAUGUCCGAGGCUACCUCGCCGGGCGUCAGAUGAUUCUAGCCGAUCCAAUGUGGCGAAAGACGAACGAGAGUCUUCCAAGACACUAGUAUCUCAAAGUGUAAAGCCUUGGUUGGACUUGACUAGCCCGGAACUUCGACGCGAGAUUGAAAGCUGUCGUGCAUCUCAUAUCGAUUACGACUUCCUUUGGCGAGACAGGCGUGACAGUCUAGAAGAAGAGUCUAUCCUCGCAGCCAGAGGGCAAGUUUCAUCUCAGCCAAGACCUCGAAGAAGUUGCAAGCCAGACUGUCUGUGCCCUCGUUGCAUCGCUCGGCUCUUCAAGGAGCAUAAGAGGCCGCUGAUCAACAUCCAGUCGCAGCAGGAUGUCCCUAAGCCGUCUAGAAUCCCAGGACCAGCUGCGAGCACGAGGAGAGAGUCCUAUUCUUCGAGCUCCUCUUCUAGAGCCUCCUCCAGAAAUUCUAGCCCUGACCGUACUAACCGAGAGGCAUAUAAGUUGGCGGUUCGCAACAGCAAGGUUCCGAAAGUAAGCGACAGUGAAUCUGCGAAAGGGGAGCAUCAAGGUCGGUGGAACAUUAACAGAUAUUCAGGGGGAUGCGAUAACUCGCCGUAAGUAAACUUUCUUUUCAUUUUUCCCUUUACAUUUUUGGGAUCCGGAAAAGUUUUGGUUGCUUACCGCUACAUAUAUUAUCGCUGUAUAUCUUUGUUUGCUCUGUUUUAUGUUACGACACAUUGUUUUGGUUGUUGGUUUAGAUCCUUUAUUGCGGGUACCUAGAAAAUGUGUCGUGAUAAUUACAAUUGUCUUUUAGCUACUAUAUUUGUUAACUACCUAGUUAACAUGUUCAUCUCAACUCUGAACGGCCAGGGCCUUUAUUUUGACAUGAACUUGUAAAAAGGAAAAGGUACGUACGUGGUAAUUUAUUGUAGAACACCUAUAGUACUACAUAGUACUACAUAGGUACCUAGUCUUCGCAACCAAAACUAUCGGUGGAGGAUCCAAGUCCAUUAUCAAUAGAAGAAAAUUUUUAAUUUUUGACACGGGUUGAUACAAAGGAUAUUUAACUGGAUUUAUUUGGGUGUAAAGUACACUGACGCCAUGCAAAAUAAUUCCGAAGUCCCAAAAGCAUAGGAUGCCUUGAUGGCACCGUAACCCCUAGAAGUCCCCACAAGGCUGGA